GUAAGUUGGUUGCUCCACCAUGUCACGUUGAGUAAUGCCCGUCAAUUAUGAUCAUCAUGUUAAGACCGGCUUCAUCCUCAACGGUCACGGUGCUACACCUUUUGCUAAUACUACCAACAACGACGUGGCUCCAUCCCGAGAUUGAGACCGAAAUUGAUCUACUCUGGACCAAGAUCUUUCCAUCCGCUCAGCGUCCUGCUCCUCUUCCACCUACCGCCGCAACACUCACUUCCCCACUAUCAACGACUGACCAUGGCCCCCAAAAUCCGCGUCGCCAUCUCCGGCGGCGGCGUCGCCGGUGCGUCCCUCUUAUACGGCCUCCUCCAGCACCCCAACAUCGACGCCCACAUCUUCGAGUCUGCCGCGCAGUUCCGCGAAGCGGGCGUAGCCUUCGGCAUCAACCGCAGCGCCGCCAAAGCCCUGGAGCUCAUGUCGGGACUCCCGUGCCUGGAGCGCGCGGGCGGCGUGCCCAUGGUUGGCGUGCGCUUUCAUCUCGCCGAGGGCGUGGGGGCGGGCGAGGUUGUGCGGGAGUGGGAUACCAAGAGGGAUGGGAAGGCGUGGGAUGGGAAGGCGUUGCUGACGAUUGUGCAGCGGGCGAAUUUGCUGCAUGAGUUUUUGGCGGGGGUGCCGGCGGAGCGCAUGCAUGCUUCUAAGAAGCUAGUGAGGGCGGAGAGGCGGGGCGAAGGGGGCAUUGUCCUUCACUUUGCGGACGGGACGACGCAUGAGUGCGAUAUUCUCAUCGGAGCCGAUGGCAUCCACUCCACCGUCCGAAAAAUCGUUGUCGGCGACGACGAUCCCGCCGCACACCCCCGCAACACAGGCUGGUGGGCCAUCAUGACUCUGCAGCCAUACGAAAAGGCGCGAUCGAGCAUCGGCAACGGGCCCGUGGAUAUCGACGACGCUCGCGAGAUGAGUUGGAUUGGCGACGGCGUCUUUCUCUUGCACAACAUUCUCAGCAACGGCACGAUCGUGCAGUUCAGCGUGUGCAGCAAGGACGAGAAUGCGGACGGGAAACCGGCGUGGGGGAAGAAGGUCAGCGCUGAAGAAAUUCGGCGGACUUUCGUGAGCGCGAAGCGGCCGGCGCAUAUGAAUACUGCGGUCGAGGAGCUACUCUGCGACCAACCCGAGCAGCCUAUCAUCUACCUCUACGACCACCUGCACGCCUCCACCUACGCGUCUGGCGGGAUCGCAGUCAUGGGCGACGCGGCGCAUGCAACGACACCCUGGCAAGGCUCAGGCGGCGGCAUCUGCAUCGAAGACAGCAUGAUUCUGUCGUCUCUGCUCGGCCAGGCGAAGUCGCCCGCCGAAGCGCGGGUGGCGCUCAAAGUGUACGACCAAGUGCGGCGGCCGCGCACGCAGCGGCUGGUGGACUCGAGUUACACGACGGGACAGAUCCUCAUGGGGCAGUAUGAGGAGAGCGGACUGGACGCGGAAAAGCUGAGGAAGGCGUUGGCGCCGAGGUGGGAUUUUAUUUUCGAUUUUGACAAUGCGAGGCACCGCGAGGAGGCGCUGGAGUUGAUGAGGAAGGAGGUCGCUGCGUCUGGCUGAGGGGGUUCUGGAGCAUUCCACUCGAACCGUUCAACACGGAGUACAGAGUGCCCUUCUGCGAUAUACCAGCGUAUCUACACGUCG